GCGGAAAGUUCGCGAUGGAUCCCGCCCUCGAGCAGCGACUGGAGAAGAUUCGUUCUUCUCCUAAGCUGCAGAAUCAACAGGAGACCCGCGUGGUCCUCUCAGCAGUGGAGGACACUCUUCGCGAUUCAAAAUCCGAAUUCACACCUACAGCUUACUUUGCUGCUCUUCUCUCGCUUCUCGACCAGUUCAUAUCUUCGGAUAAGAACAUCGUGAACAAGGACGUUGCGACCUCCAUUGUGUACUUGCUCGACCUCAUAACACCAAGCGUGCCGGCGCCGCUACUUCGCUCGAAGUUCACGCACAUACUGCAGAAGCUCGCUACGGCACUGACGCACAAGGAGUCUGAUGCUCCUCUACUUCGCCCGUCCAUAGGAUGCCUCGAAUCGCUGCUUGUGGUCCAGGACUCUCAGGCAUGGGCGCUACCAGCGAGCCAGAUCAGCCCUCGCAGGGCUGUCGCUGGUCUCUUGACGAUCGCUGUGGACCACAGGCCCAAGGUGCGAAAACGGGCUCUUGACGCGAUCACUGUGGUUCUGAAAAAUCCUCCGCCAAGCCCAAGUCUAGAUCAUCCUGCUGCGGACAUGUGCGCUGAAAGCUCCUUGAAAACGCUGAGCGAGGGGGUUGAGGCAACAAAAAGACACAGAAAGCACAGCAAAGAUGUCCAUCAACACACGCCGAGCUUGAUGCAUGCGCUUCAGCUUGUGAAGACGGUUGCAAGCGCAUCCGGCGGCUGGCCGAGCCGUAAACUGGAUGCUCUGUGCGAUGCACUGCUGAGCAUUGCCAGAUCAACGAAUGAAUACCUCACUAUUGCGGCUUUUGAAGUGUUCGAGGUAAUGUUUUCGGGCAUGGCCAACGAAGUGUCGAGCGCGAAGCUACCACAUUUGCUGGAAAUUUUGGAUCAGCUGCAGCCGUCUCCGAGCGAUGGGCAAUUGCUUCCGCCUUGGAUCGCGGUGGUCUCUCGAGGCUACGAUGUUUACGCGCAAAUGGAACCUGACGAAGCGUUCCAGAAGUUACCGACCGUGUUCACGAAGAUCUCAGAAUUUCUGAGCUCACCGUCACACAACAUUCGUGUCUCCGCCUCGGAAUGUUUGAUAUCUCUUCUGGUCAAUUGCAUACCAGUUUCUGUCAUACUUGAACCGUCUGUUAUGGACGAGAAAACUCUCGAGAAGGUGGCAAAAACUGUCACAAAUUUGCUGAGUGUGAAGUACCAGACUGCGUGGCAAGAGGUGUUCCAAGUUGUUGCAGCGGCAUUUGAGAACCUCCGUUGGCAAUCAAAUCCAAUACUCCUUCCUGCUUUGAAAGCUAUUGGAGAUCUUCGAACGUUGGACUCGUUUCAUGGAAAGAAGGAGGCAGACGAUGUUAUUGGAAAGGCCAUUACAGCCAUGGGCCCUGAGGCUGUUUUCAAUCUUUUACCGCUGAACAUAGCAACAAACAGCAGCGAGCCCGGUAGAGCUUGGUUGUUGCCGAUACUGCGUGUUUCGGUUCGCAAUACGAAAUUGGCGCACUUUCGAUCGGACCUCGUACCCGUCAGCGAAAAGCUGUUUCAAAAAGUUAUGGACCAUGGAGAAAGGGAGAAAACUAUGGACAUCAAAAUUUACGAGACCCUCGUGCACCAAAUAUGGGCUUGUCUUCCUGGAUACUGUGAUCUGCCGAUUGAUUUACAGCAGUCUUUCGAUCAAAGCUUCGCGGAGCUAAUAUCAAAUCUUCUCUAUCAGCAAGUCAACCUGCGCACGGAUAUUUGCCGCUCUCUCCAGCUGCUAGUGGAGUCAAACAAAAGCCUUAUGCUCCUGGACAAUGACGAUAAAGCCUUACGGCUGCUCCGCGUCACGAAAGAUGACGCCCGGAAGAAUCUCCAGCACCUGGCAACGUUCUCAAACAACCUUCUUGCUGUGUUGUUCAACGUCUAUACCCAGACUCUACCUACAUAUCGUGGUCCAGUACUGCAAUGCAUAGAUGCGUAUCUAGGUAUCAUUCCCGAGAAGGAUUUGACAGAAACAUUUUCUCGAGUGAUUGCGUUGCUGGAGUCCUCUCUUUCUGAAGCAGACAAGAAUGGAACAGGCAAACAAGGGAAUGACCGAAUGCCGCCUAUGAGCCACACACUCAUGGAUUUGGUCAUCACCAUUGCAGCCUACCUCCCACGUGACAGUUUAGGAACUCUUUUCAAGGUCGCCUCUGUGGUGCUGCAAAGAGAAGACUCGAAUCUUCAGAAAAAGGCAUACAAACUUAUCCCUCGACUUGCCGAAACGGAUGUGGGAAAAUUGGCUCUGCAGGAGCGAAACGAAGAGCUACAGGCUUUACUUCUCCAAACAAGCAUCAAAACACAGGCGGCUGCGAGAAGACAACGGCUAGCCGCGAUUUUGCAGAUUAUUCGUACUUUGCCUCCUACAGACUUGUACUUCAUCCCAGCAGUGCUUCCAGAAGUCGUCCUAUGUACAAAAGAGACAAAUGAGAAAACGCGAGCUGAAGCUUUCGACAUGCUCGUAGCUAUGGGUGAAAAGAUAAUGGGUGGAGGCACGAUCCAGCAGUCGAGGGUACCAAAUAUGCCUGCCGAUGCACCUCCAACGGAAGCCAGUCUGGUCGAGUAUUUCACUAUGGUAUCUGCAGGCCUUGCCGGCUCGGUGCCACACUCCAUUAGCGCUACGAUCCUGGCAUUGACGAGAAUCCUGCACGAAUUUCACACGAAGUUAGACCGUGAAACGAUCACGGAGCUUGUGCAGACGGUCAAUAUUUUCCUGCAAAAUCCAAACAGAGAAAUUGUUCGCUCAGCACUUGGCUUCAGCAAGGUCUGCAUUAUCAGUUUGGACAAGGAAAUUGUGCACCCUAUGCUGAAAGAGCUCAUUCCGAUCUAUCUGACUUACUCCAAGGAACACAAGGGCCAUCUGCAGGCGAAGGUAAAGCACAUCUUCGAGCGUCUGAUUGGCAAAUAUGGCUUCCAAGAGAUUGAGAAAUACACGCCUGCGGAGGACCACAAGCUCAUUACCAACAUUCGCAAGCGCAAGGAACGAGCAAAGAAGAAAAAGAAGGCAAUGGGCGAGGAGAACGAUGACACGAAGGAGCGAAGCGUGUCACCGGAAGCGCAGAGAAAGCAAGGCAAGUUUGCCAGCGAGUACGACGAGGCAGUUUAUGGAAGCGAAGAUGACAGCGAGGCCUCUGAUGUCUCCGACGAUGAAGUUCUGGGCAGGCAGCGUCGCCACAAGGGAGCUGGCAAGAAACAAGAGACAUACAUCGUCGAGGACGAGGAUGAACCACUCGAUCUUCUUGACAAGCGAGCUCUUGGGCACAUCUCAAGUACAAAGCCUGUCAAGCAACGACAACCGCCGGCUCAAAAGAAGAAGGUCAAGAUGGAUCUUGAUGGCAAGCUCGUGUUCGAUGAGGAUGGCAAUGUUGAAUCGGGAACAGUCGACGAUGGUGUCGACAAUGAUGAUGCCAUGGAUCUGGAGAGUGGUAUCAAUGCUUACGUCGCAGCGAUCAAGAGUCGCGAUAUGGGCGUUCGCAAGGGUAAGGCCGGAAAGAUUAAGUUUACCAACAAGAGGGGCAAGGGGGAAGACGACGAUGAAGACGAAGGAGAUGAGAUGGACAUCGAUGAGGCAGAAGUGAAAAAGGCUUUUAAUAAGCAAAUGCAGGGGCAGAGAGGUGGUGCGAAUUUCAAAGGGCGCGGUGGUGGAAUGAAGGCCGCAAGGAUGCAGAGAAGGGGUUUAGGCAGUGAGAAGACGAAGGGAGCGAGGGUGGUGAAAAGUCCUCGGAGCAAACCUUCUCGUCGCUAAGAUAGUCGUUGAAUCGCCCUGUCGAUUGAAAUUGAUUCCUAAUGACGCACUCAAAGCUAUUUGUUCUCU